CCGUUUUCUUGUACGCGUUGCACCUUCAUACGCAAAAUGUUUAAAUCGAUGCAACUGAGACAAGGCUGCUCCCACAAAUUAGCAGCGGCAAAUUUGCGACCCGCUCGAGGAGCCCUCUUGAAGCCCAUCGCACGACCAACAGCAAUAAAUCCGGAUGCACAUGCAUCUGAAAGCGAUGGUGCAUUUAAGCGCCUCACAGACGCGGCCGCGGUCGCAUUUGUCUCGCUCUCUCUGCUCAUAAGCCCCGCAGCUGUGGCGCCCGUGUGGGCAAACAACGUGCGACUUCAAGAUGUCGAAUCUCCGGAGUUGAAGGAGGGCCUCGUGGCGGCCACGUCGGGACAGUUUACAAAAGCCGAGAUGAUCUUCAGCCGUAUGCUUGCGGCGGACCCCUCCGCCGCAUCCGUGUGGUCAAACCUGGGCAACGUCCACAUGAGCCAGGGCCGUGCCAAGCAGGCGUUUGACGACUACUCGCAUGCUGUCGACCUGGCGCCGUACGCACCAGUGCCGUACCUGAACCGGGCCAUUGCGCUUGAGGAGCUGGGGCUGCAGCUGCAGGGGCAGGGCCGGCCCGAGGAGGCCAGUGCCAGGUGGCUCGAGGCUCUGGCCGACUGCGCCAGUGCCAUUGAGCGCGACCCCAAGGAGUUUGCAGCGCACUUCAACAAGGGCAAUGUGGAGCUGCGGCUGCAGGACUGGGCCGCCGCCGCCGCCAGCUUCUCUCAAGCUGCCGACCUGGCGCCGGGCAUCCCAGGGUACCGCCUGCGUGCGGCGCAACUGGCGUACCAGGUCGGUGACGUGGACACCGCGGUGCGGACAGUGAAGGGCGUGCUGCGGAAGAACCCCACAUACGCAGAGGCGCACACGACGCUGGCGGCCAUGCUGUGGAGCCAGGGCCAGCUGGCGGCGGCGGAGGGGCAGCUGGAGGCGGCGCUGGAGCUGGGCGGGCGGUGGCGGGACGCGGACUGGGUGCUGGCCAACACGCGAUGGCCGCCCAGCCUCAACGCAGCCCUGACCAAGCUGGUGGCGCUGGAGCAGUCGCCAGCGCAGCAGCAGCAGCAGCAGUCGUAGCAGUAGCAGUAGCAGUAGUAAUGGUGGCAGAAGCAGUAAUAGCAGUAGCAGGGGUGGCAAUGGUGGCGGAAGCAGGGACUGAUUAGCAGGAGAACAGGCGGCGUGGGCACCGGGCAAUUGGGAGGUGGUGUACAGGUGGGGGCGCAUCGCGGAAGGGUGCGGUACUGGAGAGACGGAAGCAGAAGAUCGACGUGCAGAUGCAGAGUACAUGGCGCGGCCCCAAGUGUCAAGUUGGUGGAGCGCGCGAGGCGUAAUGUUGGCGUGAAACAACCACGUUGUUGCUUGGUGUGGGCACGCGGCAAAUCCGCAAAUGUGAGAGAGCCACUGAUGCCCCCGGUCGGCUGGACACAGUCCGGUGAGUCCGCUGGCGAGGGUGGACUGUUAGGCCAAAAGGGUGCUCACCGACUCGGCGUGGACACGCACAGUGCCCCUUUGCCAGCGUCAGCAAACUUCCAGCCAGCCAGCAACUUGUCGGUACAGUAC